AGGCGAUACAGCAAGAAGUUGGAGGCGGUGACGGAGGCUGCACCGUGUGGACGCUGCGCCUCUAUUCAGGCCGCACCGCUCACUUAGAGACACAAAUAGGCCUUGCACGAAGCCCGCCACACGACUCGGUUGACAGCCACGCGAAUUGACCGCCGCCGCAGAGGCUACAGAGCCACUUUGCUGUGGCACUGAGUAGCAACCUAUCGACAGCCGCGGCGCGCCGACAGCGACCAUGCCUCACAAGCUCCUCGCUACGCUGGCCAUCUCGCAUGCCUUCCUCACGACGGGGCCGCACCACCGGCGGAAGCUCGCGCUAAAUGUGAUAGAGACCGACGAGUGGCUCACGGCGCAGGACGCCGAGGGCCGGACCUACUACUACCAUGCUGUAACGAUGGAGACGAGCUGGACCGAUCCCAGGAUUGUCGUCGAGGAACCAGCGAAACCGGAAAGGCAGCAGCUCCACGCGCUGCACGUUUUACCGUCCAAUGUAGACAAAGACGCCCUCUCUCAAAUAUUGCAUAGUGGAGACGCCAUGGACGAAGCUAAAACAGAACAAGCCUUCUGGGCCGUCGUGAACGAAGUUGAUAGGGCGGAGGCGCACGACGAGCCGCUGUCGGCGGACGUGCCGCGCAUGCUCCACAGGAUCUUCGAUGCGGACUUGCAGCAUUUAUUGACGAGGGAACAAAUACGAACAAAUCUGACGUGCAUGCAACCGGCUUUAACAGGUGCCGCGAACGCCGGCAACUCCAUGGGCUACAUCAUGGACGACUACGCGCACAAGGACCUUCCUCUUAAAGAGGGUAGAGCUUGUGAAGGCGGGACGUGUUGCGAGGCCUGCUCGCGGAACAUCUUCCCGUCGUUCAUGCUACCGGGAGAGUGCUCUCCGGACAUCUUUCCCGGUCUCAAUCAGUUCACCUUUAACGAAGUGGAGGGUCUGCCGUCGGCCUCUAUUUUACAGUUUAUUCGAUUGAUCGAAAGAGUACGAAGGACGAUGGCCCACGAGUACGGGUUGGACCUCAAGACCAUCCUGCCGCUGCAAGCGUAUGCGAGGAAAUACGUCGCCGGGACGACGCAGCAAGGCGGCGGCGGGGGCGAAGGCGACUACGUCAUACUACAUACGGACGAAGCCACGCACUCGGGCUACCACUACUCGUCCGUGUUAUAUUUGAAUGACCAAGGGGUUGAUUUCACGGGCGGCGACUUCAUUUUUAACGACAAGGCCAAGGAAGGUACCUAUCAUAUACCUACCUCCGAAGAGCUCGAAAUGCUCACGAUGGAGGAAGAGCUCGAACGAGGGCGGAAGUUCGGGCGGGAAUUAACGCCCUUCCACCCCAGUCGUGGCGCGGCGGUCAUCUUCAGUAGUGGGUGGGAGAACAUGCACGAGGUCUAUGCUUUGGAAUCAGGUACGAGAUAUGCCGUGCCGAGCUUCUUCACGACGUGCCCGGUCCCAGAACAAGCGUAUCAGCAGAUGCACGUCGGCAAACCUUCGUCAGAUGAGCAGAUUGCUGAUGAUUGGUUGCAUUUGCUACUUGCCCAUCGAGCGGAGUCGCCCGUCGAGAGUGUUGGGAGGGUCAAGGAGCUCCUCAUGAAGUGGCACUACAUGUGCACGCCGUUGGAUCAACACUAAACACUUAUACAUCAUCAAUUUUCGGGGGCGCCGCCGUCGCCGCGCUCAUCGGCGGCGUCGCGGCGGCGCUCGACCGUGCCUCCCGAGAGCGAUCCGUGGCGUCGCCGUCACCACGUCGUGGAGGGCGCAAGGAGAAGGCGUCGCGGCGAUGGCGUCGGGAGCACGCACGCAGACACCGUGGCGUCCUCCACGCUCGUCGGGUGUGAGA